AUGGCUAGUACUUCGGCCUUACAUGAGGAGCAUACCGAAUCACUAGACGGGUCCGAGAGCGACUUGGAGUCCGCUACUUCUUAUUCUUCUGUUGGCACUGCUGAUACAUCUUCGCAUUCCACAGGGCAAGCGAAAGAGUGGUAUUAUUCCCAACCGGAUGAGGUGGUAACCAAUUGGGAUUCCUUGAGAAGAGAGUUUUUAGACAAGUUCUUCCCGCCAGAAAAGACCGACUACAUUCGGAAGGAGAUCUCAGGAAUAAUGCAAAGAGAUCAAGAGACGUUGUAUGAGUAUUGGAGUCAAUUCAAGAGGCUAUUGGAGACUUGCCCCCACCAUGGGUUGAACACUCACUUGCUCAUAAGCUAUUUUACCGGAGGUCUUUGUGCGGAAGAUAGAAGACUACUCACCGCUUCUAGUGGUGGCUCUCUUUCCAAAAACAAGACAGAGGCAGAAGAAUGGAUCUUGAUAAAUGAUGUUGCCAAUGCUACACAACACGUAAGGGUGAGGAGCAACCCCCUCAAGGGUGUAGCGGAAGCAUCCCCUUUCGAAGCAAGUUUGACCAAAGUACUUAGGGAUAUGACUACCAUCCCCACCGAGAUGCAUAAGGAGCAAAAGUGCCACCAAAUUCAAGAGGAGUACACCCUAGUCGUAGCCAAUGUGAACUAUAACAAUCGCCCACCCUACCAAAACCAAGGCCACAACAACUACUCUCAUGGCAAUAACUCCAACCAAGGGUGGAGAGAUAAUGCACAAGGGAAUCAUCAAUAUCAAAGGUGGAACAACUCUUCUUCUCACCACAACAAUAACAACCAAUCUUCAUCCCAACACCAUAACAACAAUAACCAUCAAGCCAACCAAAAUCACCAAAACCAAAACAACUACCCUAGAUACCAAGCGCCACAUCAAAGACAACAACCCAACCAAGCCUCUUCUUCUUCUACCAACCAAGUUGAUGAGCUUAGAGCUAUUGUGGAAAAGAAUAAAGAGAAUAGCAAGGCUCAAUUUAGUGCCGUGAAUGCUCAAUUGGCCAAUAUCACCAAGAUGAUCUCAAUAUUAGCUUUACCCUCUACCAACAACACCAACCAACUCUCAAGCUCUUCUAACCUUCCAUCCCAACCCCUUCCAAACCCAAAAGGUGCACUCAAUGCCAUUACACUACGGUCGGGGACUACAUUGAAGGAGAUACUUCCUAGGGCCUUGGAAGACAUUCAUGAGGAAGAAGUGGUUGUUGAAGCUCCACAUGAAGAGGAGGAGAUGAGCAUAAGACAAGAGGAAGGAGAAGUGAGCCUCAAAGAGCCCACGAGGAAAGCUACAAUGGAUGAAUCCAUUUCUAUUCCAUUCCCUUCCAUGAUAAAGAAAGUCAAGAAAGCUCUGGAGUUUGAUUUGAACAUGCUUCAAGUAUUCAAGAAAGUUGAGGUAACCAUUCCACUUCUUGAUGUCAUUCAAUAA